UACAAAUUUUCGGACCUUUCCCAGAGUAACUAAAACAAAUCGAGUGAACAGAUUACACGAAAAAAUACGAAUCACUACAAAACUUCGAUUUGCCAAAUUCCCAGACCAAAAUGUUCGAAAUGCGACACAUUACCUCGCGAAUUCGGCGGAUUUUGCACAGGGUCUUUUACCUGCACCACGAUUACGGCAUGUACUCGAUCUGGAACUUCUGCCCGAUGACCGUCUGGAAUCAGGCCACCAAUCUGCUCCAAUCGUGCAGCCUCUGCCGCACCGAGUCGUUCCCCAUUGUCUUCUGGCUGGUGGUGCUCGUCAGCCUCUUUGGAUCGGUGGUCAAUGGCUAUGAGCUGAUGCAAGUGUGGAACUGCCCCUGCAUCAAGCUGAGCAUGUGGCGCCAGCGGCACUUCUACGUCCUCAAUCAAUGGUGGCUACGCAGGGCCCGUAUUGUGAGCUCAACCAUUUACCUGAUCGCGUGGUUUAUGCUCGUCUACGGCAUUAUAAUGCACUUGCUUUCUUUCUUUCUCUCGACUCCACCACAGAUUUCCCCCCACGCAAUGUCCCCCUGGAUCGCGGUGACCAGCCUCGUCCUGGCCGUCGAGUGGUUCAUGUGGUCCUUCGAGGUGAUCACCGGCCGACUGGCGAUUAGCCCGCAGACGCUGCUGUCACUGGUUUUGCACGUGUUCUUCCUGGGGAUGGUCUGCUGCGUGAAGAGCGUGUUCGAGGUGGCGCUCGGCGAGCACGCCGAGUACUCGCUGCGGAUCAUUUGAGGACAGACGGGAGGCCGACGAAUGUCAUCAUUAAGUAAAGGUGCAGGACCGGCAUAAUUGCAUCUCAACCUGCAUUAAGCCCAAUUAAGUUGGCGGCGGCACGCACACCAUCUUGCCCUAAUCAGUGUUCGCGAUGCCCUUUACUUUCCCGCUGCCUGUGGCCAUACUCUUUCGUUCCGAAAACGAUAACCGAAAAUCAUCAAGCUUUAUCUCAUAUUUUUGUAUAUGUUUUAUAGCUUUUUUUGUAUUCAAAAAAAA